AGGUGAAGGUGAUAGUAGCCAUCUUUUAUCUCUAUAUAACAUCACACACUUUCUUAGACUAAAAUCAUCCUCUUCAAAACUCAAAACCCUUACUACUACUUAACAAAAUGGCAUUUUCUUCUUCUUCACCAUCUUCUAAAGUUUCAAUAAACUUUAUUUGCUUUGUUUUGUUGAUGUUUUUUCUUAUAGGAAACUCUUCAGCUCAACUCUCUGAAAAUUUCUAUGCUAAAAAGUGUCCCAACGUUUUCAAUGUUGUAAAGUCUAUCGUUCACUCUGUUGUGGCUAAUGAACCUCGCAUGGGAGGAUCUCUACUUCGACUCUUCUUUCAUGACUGCUUUGUUAAUGGUUGUGAUGGAUCAGUGCUACUUGAUGACACAUCCUCCAUGAAAGGAGAGAAAACUGCACCUCCCAACAAAGAUUCUUUGAGAGGUUUUGAAGUAAUUGAUGCCAUUAAAUCUAAGGUGGAAGCAGCAUGUCCUGGUGUUGUCUCAUGUGCUGAUAUUGUAGCCAUUACAGCACGUGACUCAGUUGUAAAUCUUGGAGGACCUUAUUGGAAGGUUAAACUUGGAAGAAGGGAUUCAAAAACAGCGAGUUUCAACGAUGCAAGCAAUGGUGCUAUUCCACCUCCCUUUUCUACUCUUGCCAACCUUAUCAAUAGGUUUAAAGCUCAAGGACUCUCUACUAAGGACAUGGUAGCGUUAUCUGGAGCUCACACUAUUGGUAAGGCAAGAUGUGUUGUUUAUAGAGAUCACAUUUACAAUGAUACAGACAUUGAUAGUUUAUUUGCCAAGUCAAGGCAAAGGAACUGUCCAAGGAAAAGUGGUUCAAUAAAGGACAACAAUGUAGCAUUUCUUGAUUACAAAACUCCAAACCAUUUUGACAAUGUCUACUACAAUAAUCUCAUCAACAAAAAGGGACUCCUUCAUUCUGAUCAAGUGCUUUUCAAUGGAGGUUCUACUGAUUUAUUGGUUAAAACUUAUAGUAACAACCCAAAAGCCUUUGAAUCUGAUUUUGUUACUGCUAUAAUUAAGAUGGGGAAUAUUAAGCCUCUUACCGGAUCAAAAGGAGAGAUUAGGAAGCAAUGCAGAAGAGCCAAUUGAAUUGAAGGAGAUAUCUGAAGUAUCGACAUUAAAGAUUGAAGGCGUGUCAGACAUUAACUGACACUAAUUUAUUAUUGAUGUUUACGUAUUAGUAUCUACGACGGUGUUAUGUUUUUUUUAAAGGACACAUAUUUACUCCAAAAGUGGUGGUAAAUUUAUUUGUUUUAGUGUUUUGAUGUGGUUUUGGAAAAUUAUUUUGUUGGUAUGUUUAAUUUUAUAUUUUGCUCAAGUUAGUGUAAGUUAAAUUGCAAAGCAUCUUGUGACAAAAACUGUCACAUUAAGAAUGUGUGUAUUGCAGUAAUCAUAUAUUAAAAUGAAUACAUAUUUGUUCCAUAA